GUCGCCCUCCCCCGCUCUCUCCCCUCCUUCCUCUUCCCCGCUCUUUCGUGAGCACACCAUCUUUCACGACCAGUCAUGUCGUCCAAGGAGGGUUAUGACGAGAAAACGAUGGUCGCUGUGCCUCCGGCGUACGCUGCCUCUGACUCUAAUGUCGAGACAAUGGGCGACUUUCCGGUAACACAAAAACUGCACCGCCAGCUCAAGAACAGGCACAUUGCCAUGAUUAGUAUCGGUGGUGUUAUCGGGACUGGUCUUUUCUUGGGAACAGCUAAUGCCUUAAGGCAUGGUGGGCCGGUCGGCCUUCUGCUUGGAUAUCUUGCCGUUGGCUCGAUCUGUUACAGCGUUAUGAUCUCUCUGGGCGAGAUGAUCGCAUUUCUUCCUAUACCGGGUGGCCAUAUCAAAUUGGCCGAGCGCUUCGUCGAUCCCGCGUUCUCAUUUACUAUGGGAUGGAAUUACUGGUAUAAUUGGACUAUCAUUCUCCCUGCCGAAUUGAGUGCCGCUGCCGUCCUCAUCAAUUUUUGGAACAAGGAUAUCAAUAAUUCAGCGUGGAUCAUUGUUUGUCUCGUUGUAGUUGUCGCAAUCAACUUCAUGGGCGCAGGAGCGUACGGCGAAGCAGAAUUCAUAUUUGCCUCGAUCAAGGUUCUCACCAUCGUUGGUCUGAUCAUCUUGGGCAUCGUCAUCGAUCUUGGUGGAGGGCCCGACCACGACCGACUUGGCUUCCGCUACUGGAAGCAUCCAGGUCCAUUUGUUCAGUAUGAUGAUAUUGCAGGUUCCAAGGGUCGAUUCUUGGGAUGGUGGGCUGUCAUCACGCAAGCUGCAUUUUCCUUCAUUGGCACUGAAAUAGUGGCUAUUGCCGCUGGUGAAGCCAAGAACCCAAGAAGGAAUCUCCCAAAGGCUAUUCGUCGUGUCUACAUCCGUAUCCUGCUUUUCUACAUUGGCGGUGUCACCGUCAUUGGCCUCUUAGUCCCAUCUAAUCACGAGGACCUCAACUUGGGAACAGGCAACGCCGCUGCGUCUCCCUUCGUAAUCGCCAUCAAGACCGCUGGUAUCAGGGGCCUUCCGCAUAUCAUUAAUGCAUGUCUCCUGACUUCCGCGUGGUCGGCUGCUUCGAGUGACAUGUACACGAGUUCGCGCGCCUUGUAUGGCCUUGCCGUUUCUGGAAAUGCCCCGAAGAUCUUCAUGCGCACGACCAAGAACGGUUUACCAUACGUUGCAUUGUUGUGCUCGACCGCGUUUGCAUUCCUUGCGUUCAUGGGUGUCAAAUCCGGAUCUGGCAAGGUCUUCAACUGGUUCUCGAACAUGACCGCUAUUGCAGGUCUCCUGACGUGGUUCGGCAUCUGUGUCACAUAUGUGCGGUUCCACAAAGGUUUCAAACAUCAGGGCCUUGACCGCAGCAAGCUGCCUUACGCUUCUGCGCUGCAACCUUAUGCGGCCUGGUAUGGCAUGAUCGCUUGCGCCUUUAUCUGUCUGUUUUCUGGAUGGCAAGUGUUCCUCAAAGGGAAAUGGGUCACUGCGGACUUUGUGACCAACUACCUCCCGCUAAUGCUCUUCCCCGUGCUUUACAUUGGCGCAACGUUAUGGAAACGUGUACCACCUGUCAAGAUCCAGGACAUGGACUUUAUAUCCGGUCUUGACGAAAUCGAGGCAGACACAUACGAUGAGCCGCCCCCAAGAAACAAGUGGGAGGCCUUUUGGCAGUGGAUGAUGUGAUUGUCUUCUGUUAAUUAUCGCUACUUGACGCAAUUUAUGUCAGUGGGAGAGGAUAUACGAUGAUGUUGUUAUCUGUUGUCGUUGUAAUACCGUGCUGCGAGCACACAUACGCAAUGUUGGAUUAAUAGCUGUGAGAUUAAUGGAAAGACUUACCUCGACAUAUCUGACGGCUCUACUUCC